CAAGACUCAUUCUCAAGGCACAGAUGCGGCAUUUGCAUCGUUUUGGGCAUUUACAGCCACUAUAGGCCAAGGGAGGCAAGGUAGAGAGACUCUGCCGCGGUGUAACAUGUUCACCAAUAACCCAGCUAAUAACUGCAGUAGCCUUACAUGUAGCCAGGGGUCAAUGCAACUGCUAUGCAGUGCGCAUGACCUGCGGUAUCAUCGUCAUGAGCAGCCACCGUCCUCUUCAUCCGCAUGGGGCUGUUCGAUGCCUAUUGUUGCGUACUACUCUGGGGGUGGGUAACAUCUCCGCGCGAGCAACGUGGCAAGUCAUUGUGUGAUGCUCGAUCCGGCGGGCAUUCAAAGGAAGACGAUACAGAUCCGGAAGGCAAUUACCAGAGGAUAGCGCCGAGCCAAGACGAGGAAAGUAAGUAUCGAAGGAAAGGAAUGAGGAAGAAAAGGUUAAAAGCCCAAGAGCAAGUAGAAGAACUAGAACAUGGCGGGGACGGAUCCGGUGACACCCCAUCACGUGGCCCCCUUCCAAGCUGGAACUUUGCUCCCCGCGCAUCCAAGUUGAAUCUGGAAUCCAAGACAAGUUGCGUCUUCAUCAUUACGACGCAUAGAUCUCCCCAAUUGGACCAUGGUACGGGAUCAGGAGUUCAAACGAGUGACCGGCUUACCACCCUGCCAAGGAACUUACUUCAACCUCCUUCCCAGGCACGCCCCAGGAGUUCGCGUCAGGCAACAACAAUUAAAUGACUAACAGCUUUCCCUUAGUUAAAUAUUCCUCCGGUCUCCAUACCUCAGCCGCUGUGGAUUCCAACGGUCGAUAGUGUCUUGAAGUGGACGAACACCUGAAUGAUUAGGGG